AUGGCGGAGCCCAGCUCAGACGCGGACAAGAUUCGCAACAAGCGACUGGCCAAACUCCAACAACAGUCCUCCACGCCCGCCGCCUCGCCUGAGAGCACCGAUACGACCACCACCGAGGCGCAGUCAUUGACAGCAGAGAAUGCUCGAUCUGCCUCACAGACACCAUCGGUGGCUCCAGUGCCCGUACGAAAGAUCCCAAGUCCGCCCACCUCGACAGCACCAGCCCCGAUACGAAUAACGCCCGCUGGUGUCACUCCGCAGAAACGAGACACAAAUGGCCAGGAGCGCACAAGUUCAAGAUCAUCGAGUACAGCGCCUGCUAGGCCUGCAGAGACGCUGGAGCAGUAUGAAGACCGGAGCCUUAAGUCAAUAUUCCGGCUGUCGCUAGAUCCGUCACAGUCUCGAGAUGCUGGUGGCAAUACUGUCUUCCCACUACCCGGUCUGCGGGGAGAGCUCGAGGCAGAUGGCAAAGAGUUGAGAUUGAGCGUCGACAACCUGGAACAGGCCAUCAUGGAGGGUGGCCAGAAUCUCGGCAAGGUCAAGACACACGACUGGCUACUCAGCUCAUGGAAGCGGGUCAAUCGAAUACGGCGGACAUUCAGGGACAAGACGAUUGAGAACCCCAAAUGGGACAUCCUCACUGAGGCCAGACGGUUAUGCAUGAGCUGGACUAUCUUCGCGCUCACGUUACCGGACAUGUUUGGCCAGGAGUACAACGGUACAGCCGCAUUUGCAGACCAUUUACUAGCAGAUGCAGACGAGGAAAAGGGCCUGGACGAUGACUUCCUGACGGAACUUGUGAAUCGCUUCGACGAGGACGAGAGUCUCAAGCCUGCGUUCAUCGCUGCAAUGGAGGAAUUGAGCAGACGAUUGGCCCGGGAAACGAUGAACAGCGACUACCAGCGGUACACAGCCAAUCUUCGGCGACUACUCCGAUCAAAGGUGGUUGCAGCUGCUCUGGUAGAGUCAGAAACUUUCGUGAACCCGUCGGUACCGGCGUCGGUGAUUGAAGCCCAGACAUUCCUCGGUCCCUAUUUCGCCAUCUCGCCUCUACAAGCCGAUGUCACCAAGCAGUACUUUCCAGGUCCGAAAACCCUGGACCCCAGUCGGAUCAGAAAUGCACAACAGGCACUGCAGCUGUCUCUUCGAUCACACCAAACUGAAUUGUUCGAUAUCAUCAACACCCUUGUCCGCUCAUCGCCGCAAUGCCGAGAGAAAGUAUUGGACUGGUUCGCAUUCGUGGUCAACUCGAACCACAAGCGAAGAGCCAUGCGAGUAGACAUGAGCACCGUCUCGAGUGAUGGCUUCAUGAUCAAUGUCAACACAUGUCUUGACCAGCUCUGCGAACCAUUCAUGGACGCUGCCUUCUCCAAAAUCGACAAGGUCGAAGUUGCAUAUUUAAGGAGAAAAUCGCGCGUCGACCUAAAGGAUGAGACAAAGAUCAAUGCCGAUCAGCAUGAGUCUGAUGCCUUUUACGGCCAGGUCGCUGAGGGCAAGAACAAUUUCGUCUCCGAGUGUUUCUUCCUGACUGCUGCCGCUCACCACUACGGCAUCGAAGCAAUCCGGAACCGCAUGAAGGACCUCGAUCGCGAGCUCAAGCAUAUGAGCAAACAAAUCGAACACUUCGAGACAGAACGGCACAAAUAUGUAAACAACCCCAUGCAAUUGCGGCAAUUCGAUACUGCCCUGCAAAAAUUCAAGGACCAACACGACAAGGCGAUGUCAUUCAAAUAUGCCGCACAAGGCAUACUGCUUGACGAGGUCUCCCAGGCACGGUCCAUGCAAUUCAUGAAGUUCACCACAGUCUGGCUAUUACGGCAGGUUUCGACCAAUCGCAAGUACCCUGCUGAGCCAUUGACACUACCUCUUGCGAAAGAACAGCCGGAAGACUUCAAAUGCUUACCCGAAUACUUCUUGGAUAUCAUCAGCGGAAACUUUGGCUUCAUCAUGUACAAUCUACCUCAUGUCAUCGCGCAACAAAAGCCGGCGGAGCUCAUAAUGCUCUGUGUAACUUUCCUCCACAACUCAGAAUACAUCAAGAAUCCAUAUCUCAAGGCGUCACUGGUUACCAUCCUAUUUAGAGGAACGUGGACAUGGCAACGUGGCGGUCAAGGCAUCCUUGCAGACUUGUACAACAGCGAACCGUUUGCCAUAAAACAUUUAUUGCAUUCAAUGAUGAAAUUUUUCAUCGAAGCGGAGUUUAUGGGAGGCCACGGCCAAUUCUUCGACAAAUUUAACGUCCGAUACGAGAUUUUCCAGAUCAUCAAAUGCAUAUGGCCGAACACUAUCUACCGCGACAAGUUGCUGAGAGAAGCUAAGGUCAACAUCGAGUUCUUCGUUCGCUUUGUCAACUUGCUGCUCAACGACGUCACAUUCGUCCUAGACGAGUCGUUCACCUCAUUCCACUCAAUCUACGAGCUAACGAACGAGCUGGCAACAGCAGGCACGACCUUGAAUGAAGAAGAGCGUGGCACGAAAGAAGAGUCCUUACAAGCAGCAAAGGACAAAGCCAAAUCGUACAUGCAACUCACCAAUGAGACGGUCGACAUGCUCAAGCUCUUCACCGGAGCCCUCUCUGACGCCUUCACCAUGCCCGAGAUCGUCCAGCGUCUGGCCGACAUGCUGGACUACAAUCUAGACGCUAUGGUUGGGCCCAAAUCAUCUACACUCAAAGUAGACAAUCUCCAAGAAUACAACUUCAACCCUCGCCAGCUCCUCGGGGAGAUCAUCGACGUUUACAUCAAUCUGCGCAAUAAGGGUAAUUUCGUGCUCGCUGUCGCUCGCGAUGGACGCUCCUACAAACCGGGCAAUUUCGCGCAGGCCGCCAAGAUCAUGGAGACGAAGGGGCUGAAGUCGCCUGAAGAGAUCAAGACCUGGCACAGCCUGGUGCUUGCGAUCGCCAAAGCCAAGAAAGACGACGACGAUGCAGAGGCUGAAUUGGGUGAUAUCCCGGAUGAGUUCCUCGAUCCGUUGAUGUACACUCUCAUGGAGGACCCCGUCAUCCUGCCGGUAUCCAAGACGGUUAUGGAUAGGAGCACUAUUCGGAGUCAUCUGCUCAGUGAUCCGCACGAUCCUUUCAAUCGCGUUCCGUUGACGAUUGAGGAGGUCUUACCUGCAACGGACAUUAAGGAACAGAUCGAGCGCUUCAAGCAGGAGCGAAUCGGCGAUAAGAAGAAAGGGUUUGUCGAUACCGUUACCCAGGAGGCGCCGAAGCCCGAAGAGGCUGUCGAGAUGAUGGACACGACUGAGUAG